AUGUAUCAUACCCUCAGGCCCACGCUCCGGGUCGGUACAACCACCUCCGCCUCUAUGCUUUCCGCUGGAUCGUACACUUCGGCAUUGCGCAUGAAUGUCUCGACCCCAUACUACAGAUCAGUCAAGGUCCAGUUAGUCAACACGCGUUACACAGCUGGCACCCGGUCAGGACCAGCAACAGGAUACACUAGCAUCAAUGGCUUCCACUCCUCGCCUUUCCCCAGAAUCCCCUCAACCCUCCGCCUCCUCAAGGCUACCGAACAACCCGCCGCACCCCUCUUGAAAUCGACCAUCGAAAAGGAGACUCUGGCCUCGCGUUCUGCAGAGAUGGCCAAGGCCAAGGCGGCCAAGGAAGCUUCAGAGGCUGCUAGUGGCAUUGCUGGUGAGGGGGUAGUGCUUGAGCCCAAGAAGUCGUUGUGGGUUAGAUUCAAGAACGAGAUGGUUCAUUAUUGGCAUGGUACGAAGCUCCUUGGAAAGGAGAUCAAGAUUUCGACAAAGUUGGCUGGACGGUUAUUGAACGGCAACAAGUUGACCCGGCGCGAGCAGAGACAGGCAAGUUAUCUUGGACCGCAAUUUUUAUUGAGACGUACGACAGGAGAUUUGCUGCGACUGGUCCCAUUCUCGGUGUUCCUGAUUGUGCCAUUCAUGGAAUUGUUGUUGCCUGUCGCGUUGAAGCUCUUCCCCAACAUGUUGCCCUCAACCUUUGAAGACAAGUUUGCAGAGGAGGAAAAGAAGCGCAAGCUGCUCAAGAUGCGUUUGGAGAUGGCAAAAUUCUUGCAGGAGACCAUCGAGGAGUCCGGUAUCCCUGGGUCGCAGCGCGCUGAAGCUGUCAAAGAGUUUGGCGAUUUCUUCCGCAAGGUCCGCACCACUGGCGAGCAGGCUUCGACCGAUGAGCUGAUCCGUGUCGCCAAACUGUUUCACGACGAAUUGACGCUUGACAACUUGUCUCGCCCUCAGCUUGUGUCGAUGUGCCGGUACAUGAAUUUGAAUGCCUUUGGAACGGACAACUUUUUGAGGUACCAGAUCCGUAACAAGAUGAACUCUAUCAAGCAGGAUGACAAGCUGAUCAUGGCAGAGGGUGUCGACUCGUUGACGACACGCGAGUUGCAGGCUGCCUGCCAGUCUCGUGGUAUCCGCACUGGAGGUGUCUCCCCCUCUCGUCUUCGCAGUGAGCUGUCUCAGUGGCUCGACCUCAACUUGACCUACGCCAUCCCUUCGUCCCUCUUGAUCCUUUCCCGUGCCUUUUCCUUCUCCGACUCUAAGGAUCUCGCCACCCCCGUCGAAGCCCUUCAGGCCACCCUCUCGUCCUUGCCCGACAGUCUCUUGACCGAGACCGAGUUGCACGUCUCUGAGCUCGAGGGUGCCGCCACGGCCCAGCAAAAGUUGGAGGUUCUGGAACAACAGGAAGAGCUGAUCGCCGACGAGAAGGCUCAGGAAGAGAAGGAAGAAAAGGCCCGCAAGGAGCGCAAGGAGGAGGUCAGACUCAAGAAGGAGACCGAGGAGAGAGAGAAGAAGUUGAAGGCUCAGGAACAGGAGGCCGCCACCGCUGCAACAGCAGCACCCGCCGUUACUACGGCUGCCGAGGUGCCAUUGUUCGACAAGUCGACUCCUACUGCUGCUACUGCUGGUGCUCCUGCUACUUUGACUGGUGCCUCUGAGCUGUUGACGGAUGCUCAGGUUGCCGCUCAGGUUGCCAAGGAUGCCGCCGCUACUGGCGCCACCAAGGAGUCGGCCGAUGCUGCUGCCUCUGUUGAGGCUGCUGGUACCACUGUCCUCAAGCCUACUGAGGAGGAGGAGGACAAGGCCCGUAUGACUGAGGAGCAGUUGCUUGAGUUGCGUGAGGCUCUCUGUAUUAUGUCUUCGCGUUCUGCUGUUCUUGAGGAGCGUGAGGAGCUUGAGGAUUUGAAGGAAGACCGUAUGGAGUACAAGGAGGACAUUGAGGAGUUGGCUCAGGUGCAGCGCAAGGAACACAACGUGUCGAGGAGGUUGGGCAGCCGUCUUGAAAAGAUGAUUGCCAAGCUGGACAAGGAGUUGGAGGCAUACGAUGCAGAGGGCAACAAGCUCCAAAAGUUCCAGGCGAACGAGCGCGGAGAGUUGACAGUCAAGGAUAUCGAGGAGGCAUUGAAGGUGAUUAAGCACGCCCCCGAUGCGGAGAACAUUAAGCAAAUUGUCAAGAAGCUGGAUAUGGAUGGCGAUGGUCUUGUCCUGUUGAGCCACAUUGUUGACUUGGCUGACUUGGUUGAGGAAGAGGAAGGUACGGGAGUGCUUGUUGAGGGCAAGAAGGCGCAUGGCAAGGAUGCUGAGGCUGAGAGCGAGAAGAAGUUGAAGAAGGAGGAUGUCUUGAAGGAGGACUAG